CGCGGAGGCACCGGCUGACGGGGCCGGACCGGCCGCCAUGGCGGUAGACAUCACCCUGCUCUUCAAAGCCAGCGUGAAGACGGUGAAGACCCGCAACAAGGCGUUGGGGGUGGCGGCCGGCGACAGCGCCCGGGAUGAGCUGCUCAAGCGCAGCGCUGCCCGCUCCAGGAGCGACUUCACCGGGCGGGCACGGGAGGUGAUUUCCAAUAUUGGGAAGCUGAAAGAUUUUCUUCUUCAACACAGAAAGGAUUACAUUAAUGCAUACAGCCAUAUUAUGUCUGAAUAUGGGAGGAUGACAGAUACCGAGCGUGACCAGAUAGAUCAAGAUGCUCAGAUAUUUAUGAGGACAUGUGCAGAUGCCAUUCAUCAGCUGAGAACAGAAGCACACAAGGAUGUCCAGUCUGCUCAGGUGAAGGAGCACAGAACAGCUGUCUUAGACUUCAUUGAAGAUUACUUAAAAAGAGUGUGUAAGCUGUAUUCAGAACAAAGAGCCAUCCGGGUUAAGCGAGUGAUAGAUAAGAAGAGACUGUCCAAACUUGAACCUGAGCAGAGCAGUGUAUCCAAAUCAGCUCUUUCUCCUGAAAAAUGUUCACAGAAUUCUUCAGAUGAGUCUGAAGAAAAACUUUCUGCAGAGGAAAAUAAAGACAGGAAUCUGCCCGACGCUCAGUCUAACCUUGGGCUAUGGGGGGAUGGUAAAGGUGAAGAUGAGCUGUCACCUGAAGAAAUACAAAUGUUUGAACAGGAGAACCAGAGGCUGGUUGGUGAAAUGAAUAACCUGUUUGAUGAAGUCAGGCAAAUUGAAGGAAAAGUGGUAGAAAUUUCCAGAUUGCAAGAGAUAUUCACUGAGAAAGUCUUGCAACAGGAAACUGAUAUUGACAAUAUCCAUCAAUUAGUUGUGGGCGCAACAGAGAAUAUCAAGGAAGGCAAUGAAGACAUAAGAGAGGCAAUCAAAAACAACGCUGGAUUUAGAGUAUGGAUCCUUUUUUUCCUGGUGAUGUGUUCAUUCUCUUUGCUUUUCCUGGACUGGUAUGAUAAUUAAUUAAAAAUACCAUGUUGUCUACAUGCUUGGUAAAAUCUCAUGGCUCUUUUUUUCUUCUGUUGAAUGGAGUAUAGGAUAUACCUGUAUAUUUUAUGCAUUUUUUUCAUACUGCUAUGAUGGAAAUAUUUUCUAACAGCUAAGCACAACCAUAUGUCCCUUAAGGCAGAGAGAGGGUAGCAUUCAUUUUAAAUCCCUUUAUCAGAUCUGAAACCACACUUAAUCCUGCACACUUAAACCUCUGAAAGAACUCCUAAGAAAGCUGCAAGCUGGAGCACAGCUAAAGGGAAAAUUAAAAAAAAAAAAAAAAGAAAAGAAAAAAAUUCUACCAUUGUCAGAGUCAACCCACAUCUCUGAUGCUUUAAAUCCAGCUCCCAGUGCACAGAACAGAUCGAGAGAAUUGUUGCUGUGUGCAAAAGCAUCUACACUGUCUCAGGCUUUUAUUUAAUCAUACUACUUGAGUACACAGUGAUCAUUUUGCAGAUGUAUUAUGACCUCUGCUUCUAAUCCUUGGAAACUGUUUUGUCAUGUUGAUUUAAUAAUAAUUUUAAAAAUCAGCUACAGAGCUUUACUGUGGGGUGCGAAGAGAAAAAGCAAUGCAGCCAACCAGACUGCUGAAAACAGAUGGUCUGAGUGCUGGAACAAAGCCAAAGGAUAGACAAUAUUAAAGCCAAACCCUUCGAAGUACUGAACUUGGGAGCAAUUUGUUAACUAAAGAAAGUCCCCAAACCAACUGUAGAUAAGAAUCAGUAAACUUCAUCCUGUUAAAUCAGAGGAAAAACUCCUUUGGCUCUUGAAUGCAGAGCAGUCACUGUCUCUUAGAUUGUACAGCUCCAUGUUUUGUGAUGUUUGUUGUCAUGAGAGAAGUAAGGUUUCUUAUCAGUACUUAUGCAUUAAAGCUGUUCUUAGUGUGCUAAAUUUAAAAGGAGGAGGAUGUACUGUGGAUCAUUUCUAUGUAGGACAGUCCUGGGGAAGAAAACUUUCCCUCUUGUAACAUCUGAAUGGCUUCUGUAACUGCAGUGAUCAACAACUGUUUGUUAACUCUCUUCUGACAUGCAUAUCCAACUUACAGGCAUACGCAAUGAGCAAAUCAUGCUUUACAGAGUGAAAAUGUCAAAAGUUACAUUCAAUAAAGUAUAAGCCUACUGGAAAAUGCAACUGGGGUAAUUUUGAAAAUCUGAACAUAAGUCUGUAGUUUUUAAAUGCAAAGUAACAUUUGGCACAUAACUUAAUGCUUUUAAGCAUUCCACCUACAAUUACUUAAAAAUCCCUUUAUGAGUACUACUGUGUAAUUCAUACAUCAUAUCAAAUUAGGUAAUAAUGGUUCUUUUUACUGUACUGCUGAAAGAAAGGCUGUUGAUAAUGUGAUUCUACUGAAGAAAAAUAAAAGCAGAGCUGACGAUGUUCUACUCUGCAUCCUGAUGUUUUUCCUUCAUUUUUGUGUAGUCUCUAUCAAGGGAACUUCUUGACAUGUCCACUAGAAGCUGUUGCAUUUAAUAAAAUGAAAAAGAAAGGGUAUCUGCUUACCCACGUACUUCACAUCCUUGUCUGUUAAAUUAAUGAUGCCUUCUUUUGUAAUGCAUUUAAGGUUUAUAAUAAAAAUGAAAACAUGGUUUCACACAAA